AGAGAGGCUCGGCCGGCUCCUGUCCGGGAGGUCAGCCAGUCCUCCGCGCGCGUGCGCGGCGCGAUGACAGUUUUUUUUUUUUUUUUGCGCUCGUGGGCGGUAGGCGGGCCCGGGCGUCUUCAUGGUAACCAGUGGGCCGUGCGGGCGGUUUCCAGGGCAACCCUGGGUACCGGCCGGCGUCUGAAAGAGGAUGGGAGAGGUAGGCUGAGGGUAGAGAUGCGGAGCGAGAGAGACAGGACAGACAGACACAGACUCGGGGGCGCGGAGAGUUGUGAGGAGAGACAGUGAAAGUAAGUGAACAGACACAGGGACAGAGACACGGGCAGGACAGAAAGAGACCUAGGUCAGAGAGUCAGGGCUGGGCAGACAUGUGUGUCAGAACAGUUAACAAGAGGGAGAGCGAUCAGGGCGGGAUGGAGAGGAAAGGAGAGACAAAGAUUUACAGCGACAAGACGUGCAGCUCGAGAUUCAAGGGACAGACAAGGAUCAGGAGUACAGAAGCAAGAGGGGAGAAAGGGACAGACAUUAGAGAUACAGUAAAGUGGAUCGAGAGUUUUUAAAGACUCAGAGAAGGGUGACAGCAAGAAGAGAGAAAGACGGAGCGGGAGGGACACAUGUUAAGAAAACUUAUCCAAAACUUGCCAUUAAGAGAAAAAAAGAUGACUGGAAGAACUAGCACCGUCUCUACCAAGCCUGCUUCAGGUCAUCUGAUUCCCUAAGUGAAGCAACUUUUUUUUAAGUUAACUGCUUUUGAUCAGAGUCCAGAUACUGUGAAGUUAGAUGCUAACGAGUAAAAGGUUGAUAGGUUGUAAAUGCUUUCUGUCCAGUAGAGAAGAGUACCCCAAGUUUUUUGUCACCCAGUAGGACACUAAGCAGGACACUAAGAUGCCUGCCCACUGCCCCAUGGUGCACUACCGAUCCGACUUGGAGCUUUUAUUUCACUGUUCGUUCUUUCACCCUUUCUGUUUUCCUUCUCUCUCAUCUUCCCGGAACCACCUAUGUCAUCCUGCUAGUUGCCACCGGAGGUAAAUAGAUAUUUGACGUGUGCUCACGGAGUUUGUUUUUAUCUGUUUCGAAAAUUAUAUCUUGACAGUCUAAAGGGAACCAUUUCUCCGGAAUGGGGGACAGACAGGGAGAAAGAGAAAACAGUGAGACAGACCCAGGAAAGGAAAGGAGGUAGCGAGGAUGGUGGGAAAGAAAGAGACCAGGUCUAGGCGCGGAGGCUCCGGUGGGCCUCGCAGUGAGCUGGGCCCUGACUCAUCCCGCGUGGGGAACGCGAGCCUCAGCCGGGCAUGAGGGUGACCCUCGGGGCGGCUGGUCCAGUCAUGGCAGACUACUGGAGGUCACAACCAAAGAAAUUCUCUGAUUACUGCAGGUGCUGGAUUGCGGACAAUAGGUCUAGUGUUGAAGUUCAUGAAAGAGGAAAGAAUCAUAAGGAAAAUGUGGCAAAGAGGAUCAGUGAGAUUAAACCGAAAAGGCUGGAUAGGGCACAGGAAGAAGAGAAGGCAUCAAAGGAGUUUGCUGCAAUGGAGGCAGCUGCCCUGAAAGAAUACCAAGGGGAUUUGAAAAGCCUUGGCUUAGAGUCAGAAACUUCAGAGCCAAGCAUAUCACCAGUAACCAGCACUAUCCCAUCCGCCUCUGCAUCAAAUCAGCAAAAGAAAAAAAGAAAAAAAAAGACCCUUCAAAGGGCAGAUUGGUAGAAGGCAUAACCUCUGAGGGUUACCAUUACCACUAUGAUCUUAUCACAGGAGAAUCUCAGUGGGAGAAACCUGAAGGAUUUCAAGGAAAUUAAAAAAAGACGGCAGUGAAGACUGUUUGGGUAGAAGGUUUAAGUGAAGAUGGUUAUACCUAUUAUUAUAAUUCAGAAACAGGGGAAUCCGGAUGGGGAAAACCUGAUGAUUUCAUUCCACACUCUGGCGAUCUGCUUUCUAGUAAAGUCAAUGAAAAGUCACUUGGUACCCAAGAAGAGUCCAAAUCAUCAGAUUCACGUUGUGAUUCUGAUGUGGAACACCAAGCAGAAAAAGGGGGGGGGGACAGGGGGACUUCCCUGGUGGCGCGGUGGUUAAGAGUCCGCCUGCCGAUGCAGGGGACACGGGUUCGAGUCCUGGUCCAGGAAGAUCCCACAUGCUGCGUAGCAACCAAGCCCAUGCGCCACAACUACUGAGCCUGCACUCUAGAGCCCGCGAACCACAACUACUGAGCCCACGUGCCGCAACUACUGAAGCCCGCGCGCCUAGAGCCCGUACUCCGCAACAAGAGACGCCACCGCAAUGAGAAGCCCGCGCACAGCAAUGAAGAGUAGACCCCGCUCGCCGCAACUAGAGAAAGCGCGCGCAGCAACGAAGACCCAACGCAGCCAAAAAUAAAUAAAUCGAAGAAAAAGGGGGGGGGGGAGGAGAAGUCUCUACAGAAAUGCAAAAGCUAGAAGUAAAGUUUAAAGAAAAAAAAUAGUGAUAAAGGAACUGAAUCGGAAACACAGAAAGAAAAAAUGCCCACGGUUAUUCAUCAGGUCCAAAUGAAGAAAAAUCCAAAGCUCAUAAAAAAUCAGACCCAUAUGGAAGGACUUCCCUGGUAGUACAGUGGUUAAGACUCCGUGCUCCCAAUGCAGGGAGUCCAGGUUCUAUGCCAGGGAACUAGAUCCCCUAUGCCAAAACUAAGACCUGCCAUAGCCAAAAUAAAAGUAAUAAUAAUAAAGAAAGCUCCUCUGUGUUUGUUUUACAUUACUUAAUGCUAACAUUUUAGACUUAUUCUGAAUGUAUUUUAUGUGAAUUUAAAAUAACUCUUUUUUUGUGUGAAAUUGAUUUUUGUUCCUAAAAUGGAAGCCUACUACAUUGCAUUGUAAUACAGUGUGUUAUGUUCAGUGUCUAAAAAUUGCUAAUUACCUCAUAAUAUAAGAUGCUAUGUAUCUGUUAUUUAAAACAUGGAAAAGUAAGGCCGUUAUUCAAUUCUUACUCGUAUGAAUAUACUUGUACUGCACUGAAAAUGCAUUACUUUUUAAAAAAAAUAUUUAUUUAUUUGGUCUCACCAGGUCUUAGUUGCGGCAGGCAGGCUCCUUAGUUGUGGCAUGCGAGCUCUUAGUUGCAGCAUGCAUGUGGGAUCUAGUUCCCUGACCAGGAAUCGAACACAGGCCCCCUGCAUUGGGAGCAUGGAGUCUUAUCCACUGCGCUACCAGGGAAGUCCCGAAAAUGCAUUACUUUUGCACACUGAUAUUAUUCAAGAAAUAAGAAUUAGACCACGUAAGAGAAGAUUCACAACCUGUGAUAAUUCAGUUCUGAGGAUCCUGUCAGAAGGCUGAUGUAGAAAGUGUAUGUAUAUUGGCUUACCUUACUCAAUUUAAGGUCAAGAGCCAAGAACUGGGACUGCAGCUCAGGUCAUGCUUAAUAUGGAAUGAAAACUGGACCAAAGAUGUAUCUGCCUGGUUCAAUGUAAAGCGCCAACCAUUGCUUAAGCAUUUUCACCUUGAGCCAGGCACUAUGGUAGGAACUGGAGAUGUAAAGGUGAGCAAGACAUAUCUCUGUUCUUCAUGGCUUCUCAUUCUGAUGGAGUCCUUUUUUCCCUAGUCGUGCGCUCUGUGUAGAGGCCUUACAUAUACUGGAAAAUAUUAUUUAGGGUUUAUUUAAAACUAUGGAGAUGAAGUCUUGAACAAAAAUAGUAAGUUCUCUGACUUCAGUAAAAUGUUUUGGUGUUCCUUUAGAGAAAUUGGAAAGUUCCCAUUUCCUGGUUAAAUUUCUUAAAAAGUGGAAUUUUCUUAUUUAAUCCAUUUGAAGUAGGUACCUUCCCUUUAUUUUUCCAAAUUCUUAAAAUUAUAUGUUUUUGUAAACUGUACAGUAGUUAACAUUUGAUAGUAAAUAUUUGUCUUUUUAAGGUUACUAGUGUACAUGUAAGAAAAUUAUAGGUUAUUAAAAACUUUAUGAAAGAAGAAAAAAAAAAGAAAGAAAAGAAAGAGACCGAAAGUAGAUGGCAGGAAAGACAGGAGAGAGAAAUUAAUAGGCGAGAAAUCCGGCCUUGGGCAGAGGCGGCCUUGGGCGACCCCGCCUGGACUCUGUGCUCGGCGGCCUCGUCGCUGAACUACGUUUCCCGGUAGGCCCUGGGUGACUGGACGCAGCACCUAGAGCGCCGUCGGGGGCGGGGCCCACGCUGCCUCCUCCAAUCCCAGCCGUCGCCCGGCAACCUCCGCCUCCGCCGACAAGAUGGAGGCUGGAUUCGGCCGCCGCCGGGAAGCGGCGCCUGAAGCCGGAGAUGGGGAGGGGCCGCAGCUCAGUCGGCCCACUUGAGGAAGCCGGCCUACGUCGCGGUCCGGAGGUGCUACUUUCACAUGGUUUGAAAUGCAAAAGGGACAAAGCGAGAAGCCUGCCUCCAUCACUAUACUUCAUUAAAUAAUUCAGUCAGCAAGUGACUGUUGGAUGCCUCCAAAGUGCCAGGCUCCCUUCCUGGGCCUGGAGACCCAACAGAGUGCUCAGUAGGUACAGUUCCUGCCCUCAGGCAAUGUGUGAUGGAUGCAUAAUAAAAUAUAGGUGGGGAGGGCCUCUCUGAUUAGGUUACAUUUGAGCAGAGACCUGCAGAAGAGGGAAUAAGCCAUGCAGAUUACAGGGAAGGGCCCCCAGUGGGCCAAAGAGCCACAGUAGCUAAGGCCCCUGGGUCGGGAGUGCCCUUAGUGUGCCCUGAGGAUGUGGUCAGGAGUACGCAAAGGACAAAGGAGGCCCUUGACAAAGCUGGUGAUGAUUGUGGCUUUGACUCAGAGGUGGGAGGCCUGGGAGGGCUCUGAGCAGAGGAGCCACUGUUUUGUUUGUUUGCUUUUUUUUCUUUGCCGCGCCGUGCGGCUUGCUGGGAUCUUAGUUCCCUGACCAGGGAUUGAACCUGUGCCCCCUACAGUGGAAGCCCGGAGUCCUAACCGCUGGACCGCCAGGGAAUUCCCCCCGACUUGGUUCUUAGAGAAUCAUUCCGACUGCUGUGUGGAGAACCACCUUCCUCCUCUAUCCCCAGGGCCCACUGGGAUAAUCCAGGAUAAUCUCCGCCUCUCAAGAUUAUUAACUUAAUCACACCUGCAGUGUCCCUUUUGCCCUGAAAGGCAGAGGCGGGCGUGGCAGGAGAGGCCCAGAGGCCAUUGUGGGCACGGCAGUAGCUACCGUGGAUGGGCAGUGGGGAGAGAGCUUGUUGAGGUGCAUGGCUCGGGGAAGCGGCAUGAAGACAACUCCCCACCCGCAGGUGCUGGGGAAGGCGCCCCUUGGGAUUGGCCUCCGCCACAGUGCCAAGCGGGACCGGAAGUCCAUCACCCUGCAUGUGAAGUUGGAGGUGCUUCGGAGGUUUGAGGAGGGUGAGAAGCUGACGCAGAUCGCCCGGGCCCUGGGACUGGCCACCUCCACGGUUGCCUCAAUCCGCGUGAACAAGGAUAAGAUCCGGGCCAAUUCCCAGGCAGCCACGCCCGUCAGCACCACCCAGCUGACCCGCUGCCGGGGUGUGCUGAUGGGCCGCAUGGAACGCCUCCUGAGCCUGUGGAUUGAGGAGCAGAAGCGGCAGAACCUGCCUGUCAGCACGCUGCUUAUCCAGGACAAGGCGCGCCGGCUCUUUGCCCAGCUGCAGCACGAGCAGGGCAGCGGCGCCCAGGCCGAGACGUUCGGGGCCAGCAAUGGCUGGUUUGCCCGUUUCAAGGUUCGCCACAACGUGCUGUUGACGGAUGAGCCGGCUGUGGCCGACGCCCAGGCUGCCGCACGCUACCCCGUGGUGCUGCGCGCCAUUCUGGAGGAGGGCUGCUACUCACCACGGCAGGUCUUCAACGUGGACGAGACGGGCCUGUUCUGGAAGCGGCUGCCUGAGCGCAUGCUUCUGGCACUGGAGGGGACAGCUGGGCCUGGGCCCAAGGCCUCUAAGGACCACCUGACCCUGCUGCUUGGUGGCAACGCGGCUGGUGACUUCAAGCUGAAGCCCCUGCUGGUGUACCCCUCGGAGAACCCGCGCGCCCUCAGGGGCUGCUCCAAGGCCAGCCUGCCUGUGGUCUGGCGCUCCAACCGCAAUGAUUGGUUGACACCCAGCAUCUUCCAGGAGUGGUUUACUGGCUGCUUCUGCCCAGCUGUGGAGAGCUACUGUGCCAGCCAUGGCCUCCCACUCCGCGCUCUGCUGCUGCUGGACAGCGCACCCUGCCACCCUGUCCACUUGGGUGGCCUCUCAGCCCAUGUGCGUGUUGAGUUCCUGCCCAAGAGCACGUCAGCCCUGAUCCAGCCCAUGAACCAGGGUGUCAUUGCCGCCUUCAAGGCCCAUUAUCUGCGCCGCACGCUCAGCCAGCUGGUCCAGGAGACGGCGGGUACAGACCGGCCCUCCGUGCGGGAGUUCUGGCGCAGCUAUACUGUCAUGACUGCUGUAGACAACAUUGCUAAGGCCUGGGCAGAGCUGCAGCCUGCCACCAUGAACAGUGCCUGGAGGAAGCUGUGGCCCGAGUGCGUGCCUGCUGGUGCCCCCCAGCCCAACGCCCUCCCCCAGCUCCGUCACAGCAUUGUGACACUAGCCAGCCACGCAGGCCUCGGGGAUGUGGCUGAGGCCGAUGUUGCCCACCUGCUGCAGGCCCAUGGGGAGCCCUCGCCCCGCAGCAUCCCCCAGGAGGUGGAGGUUGGGGGUGUCAGUGACUCUGGGCUGCCCUGUGAGGCGGGGAAAGGCUUGGCCUCCAGAAGACCAGAGUCAGAUCUCAUGGAGGCCAUGGUGGGUGUGGAGACUGAGGAACCCUGGCCCAGGCCCCUCCCGAGGACCAACGGUUUGGAGACCUGGCAGAGCCGGCCAAGCCCUUCACGGAUGGAGCUCAGGAUGUCCGGAAGCAAGCGUAAAAGCAGCGGUGAUGUAGCGGGUACUGCUAAGAAGCGCCACGCGAUAACGAUGGAAACAAAAGUGAAAAUAAUUGAGAGAGUGGAGCGAGGCGAAAAGAUGGUAGACGUCGCUCAUUCUUAUAACCUGAAUCGUUCAACCAUCGGCUCAAUCGUAAAGAACAAGGACAAGAUCAUGGAACAUGUGAAGUCUGCUAUGCCGAUGACGUCCACAAUAAUAACAAAGAAGCGUGGAAAAGUGAUGGAGGAGAUGGAGAAACUUCUCAGUGUGUGGAUGCAGGAUCAGCGUCAGCGUCGAGUCCCACUCAGCUUAAUGCUGAUUCAAGAGAAAGCCAAGAGCCUUUAUGAAGACUUGAAGAAGAAACACGGCGAAGAAUCAGAGGGCAAAUCUUUUAAUGCCAGCCGUAGCUGGGUUCACCGGUUCAAGGCUAGAGCCAAACUUCACAAUGUAAAAGUGAGUGACAAGGCAGCGAGUACAGAUACAAUAGCUGCCCGGGAAUUUCCUGAAACGCUUCGAGAAAUUAUCGAUGAAGGCGCGUAUUUACCCGAGCAGGUGUUUAAUGUGGACGAGACAGGACUGUACUGGAAGAGGAUGCCGGACCGAAGUUACAUCAGUAAGGAGGAAAAGUUGAUGCCGGGCUAUAAAGCAUCAAAGGAUAGGCUCACGCUGUUGUUUGGUGGCAAUGCUUCCGGUGAUAUGAAGCUGAAGCCUCUGUUAGUUUAUCACUCAGAGAACCCAAGAGCCCUUAAAAACAUAGCCAAGGGCUCUCUUCCUGUUGUGUGGAAGAGUAACCCCAAAGCCUGGGUUACACAGGCCAUUUUCCAGGACUGGUUUUUCCACCACUUUAUCCCGGAGGUAGAGAAAUAUUGCUUGGAGAAGGACGUCCCAUUCAACAUUCUUUUGCUGCUUGACAAUGCUCCGGGCCACCCCCCAUUCAUGGACGACUUUCAUCCCAACGUCAAAGUAGUGCAUCUGCCACUGAAUACUACGGCGCUCAUCCAACCUAUGGACCAGGGAGUUAUAGCGACUUUCAAGAAAUAUUACUUACGUCACACUUUUCGUCAGGCAGUAAAGGCGAGUGACGAAUCAGGAACAACCUUGCGACAAUUUUGGAAGGACUAUAACAUCUACAAGGCCAUAAAAAACAUUGACUUUGCCUGGAGUGAGGUUACGGCCGUCACCAUGAAUGGGGUUUGGAAGAACCUUUGCCCGAAGUUUGUUCACGAUUUUCGUGGAUUUGAGAAGGUGGAUGAGGAGUCCAAAGAGGUCUUCAGCAACUUAGUGACCCUCAGCGAGAAGCUGGAGCUAGAUCUGCAAGAGGACGACUUCAUUGAACUCCUUGCUGUGCAACAUGAGGAGCUCACUAAUGAAGACCUGAUGGAAUUGGAGGCCCAGAGAAAGGAUGAAGAGGGACAGGAGGAAGAAGAAGUAACUGAAGAACCGAAGAGAUUCACGACGCAGGAAAUGGCAAGGGGGUUUUCUUUAUUUGAGGAGGCGCUGUUGGUGUUUGAGGCACAGGACCCGAAUGUAGAACGGUACACGAAGGUUGCAGCAGCCGUUCAGAAUGCAAUCCAGUGCUACCGUGUCAUCUAUGACGAGAAAAAAAGAGCUACUACGCAGACAUCACUGGAUCGUUUUUACAAGAGGGUGGAUAGAAUUAAAUCCAGCAAGGAACCAGAGCCUGUGCCAUCCACGUCAGGCGUGAGUGAAAUUGCAGCUUGCCCUCCGUCUCCUACUGCUGACGAUCCUUCAGCCCUACCAUCUCCCACCUCCUCUUCCUCCUCCAGUCAGUAACUCUUCCUGCCUGUUCCCUUGAUGCCAGCCCCUGGAUGCCAGCUGUUGUACUGUACUACGGUACUUUUCAAGGUACUGUACUGUAAGAUUAAAAAUGUUUUCUUUA